AUGCUAUGCCUGUGUGCAGGCAUCGUCACUCCUCCUCCUCCUCCUGCUGCGAAGCCUACCAAUACAAAUACUGGUUCCAAGCUCUCUCUGCCUUGUUCUUCAGAUAAGGCUUCAUCAGUCCGGCUUCAAUCUUUCAAGUGCAAAGCUCUCGGCGAAAGCUCUCAGCCUCAGACCUCCUUGGCUGAAACUGUUUAUCAAGGAAUCUACGGUCCUUGGACCGUUGACUCCACCGACGUUCGAGAGGUGAUUUUGUACAGGUCGGGACUCGUGACAGCUGCUGCAUCAUUUGUGGUUGCUGCCUCUGCUGCCUUCUUGCCUGAUAGCUUUUUCUUGACUGGAAUUGUGAAGCACAAUCUUGAUUUUGUCUAUGCAAUUGGAGCUGGUGGGUUGGGUUUGUCUUUGUUUCUGAUUCACAUCUAUGUGACUGAAAUUAAGCGCACUCUGCAAGCAUUUUGGGGGCUUGGUGUUGUUGGGUCUGUAGCUGCAUAUGCAAGCUUGGCUCUUCCAGCUGGAGAGGGCUUAGUUCAGUAUGUUGUUGAUAACCCAAUAGCUGUCUGGUUUGUUGGCCCCCUCUUCGUAUCACUCACAGGACUAGUUUUCAAGGAAGGUCUCUGCUAUGGGAAAUUGGAAGCUGGAAUUCUCACAUUCAUUAUACCUAUCACCCUUCUUGGGCACCUGAGUGGCUUGAUGGAUGAUGGAACAAAACUUUCUUUGCUGGGAUUAUGGAUGGCUCUGUUUGUGAUAUUUUCUGGAAGAAAGUUCACUCAACCAAUUAAGGAUGACAUUGGUGACAAGUCUGUCUUCACGUUCAAUUCUCUGCCUGAAGAUGAGAAGCAAGCCUUGAUUGAGAAGCUUGAGCAAGAGAAGUUCAGUCAGAAUUUCGAUUAG